AUGGGAAAGCUUCAGGUAUGUAUUUGUGGUGCGCGUAAUCUACACGACAGUCAAGUUAUAAGCUUACCAGAUCCUUACUGUCGUGUCCGUCUUGGCGAUAAAUCAUACAAGACGAAGGUCAUUGACAAUACUCUUAAUCCUGUAUGGAAUGAGACGUUUCGUUUCCAGGUGGCAGAUGAGAACACUGUACAGGUAUGUAUUGAAUUAUGGAACAAAAAUGUCAUUGUGGAUGACAUCAUGGGAAGCUACAAUCUCUCACUGUCUAACCUAACGAGGGGAGUGGUACAGGAUGCGUGGUAUAUGUUGGCUCAUUCAAAAACUAAUGCUGAAUUGCAUCUUCGUGUGUUAGCAUGCGACUUUGGGAAAGAUCCAUUACCAAGUGAUAUGUGGAAAGUAACAACUGAUAUUAAUAAUGAUCCCGCACUAAAACCAGGUGCUAAACCGCCUACUGGAGGGGCUCCUGCUACUAUUUCAAGCAAUCCAAACAAUACACCCAUGAAUCCUAAUGUAGGACCAGCAAUUGCACAAGGUAUUCCAGUACAGUACCCACCACAACCACAACCGCAGGGAUAUUAUCAACCAUCACCACCUCCACAACCGCAGGGAUAUUAUCAACCAUCACCACCUCCACAACCGCAGGGAUAUUAUCAACCAUCACCACCUCCACAACCGCAGGGGUAUUAUCAACCACCACCACCACAACCGCAGGGGUAUUAUCAACAACCUCCUCCACAACCACAGGGAUAUUAUCAACCAUCACCACCUCCACAACCGCAGGGAUAUUAUCAACCACAACCACAGGGAUAUUAUCAGCCACCACCGCCACCACCUCAGGCUCCGUAUCCGGGGCCACCACCCCCAAAUAUGGGCUAUGGAUUGAGAGCCACGGAUCCAAACUUUCGUUAUUAA